UGUUAUGAUGCCAACAACUGUAAAUGUUGAAAGUAAUAAUAAUGUGUAAAUAAAUUUGUUCUUAGUUUUCCAAGGGAUAAUAUUCUAUUUUUGGAAUCCCGCAUUAUUUUUAAAGCUUCUUUGCGCUGUUUUGGAAAACAUAGGUUUAUGUUUUCGGCGGCCAUCUUAGAUAUUAUUUUGUUUUCUUUAAGUGAUUCUUGUCAAAUAUUAAAAGGAAAGACUCUGGGAGAAACUAGUGGAGUUUUAUGCAUCUUAAUCAGAAAUGGACACUCCUCAGAUAUCCCGAUCUGGCAGAGUUUUGAAGAAGUCCGCCAAGGUCAAGGAAAUGGAAGAUUUUGACAUCAAUGAAUUAGACAUGCAAGGAAAACCAAGGAAAAAAGGUAGGACCUCUGACGAGUAUGAUGAAUUUGAGGACAAAAGAGUUGCUCCUAUCAAAAUACCAAAGAUGUCCUUGAACCUGCCAUCAGGAGCAAAGAGACCCCAGAUUAUGCCUAAAAUGGGGGCUUCUAAUGCUAUGAAAGCUAAAACAGAAGCAAAGAGAUAUAUGCUUCAAGACUCUGAUGUUUCCAAAGAAACUGACACGAGUUCAGCUUCAAGUGAGACAUCAACUUCUUCUCCAUCAUCAUCUGAAGAAUCUGAUGGAGAGUUACCAGAUGUGCGCCAAAGAUACUCCCAUGUUGAUGUGAAGGCUGGCUCAUUGAUACAAAAUGUCCAACAUUCUCCUCAACAAGAAAAAGUCAUUGUAGAACAAUACAGACAGUUUGAAUCACCAAUCACAUUUGGAGAUCACAGCAGUGAAGCUGCAAUGGAUGCCAGUGAUGAUGAUGAAAGUGAUUCUGGUCUUGUCAUUGCUGAGGAAUCGAAUGAUUCAUUCCUCUCAAGAGGUGGGAAAUCUGCAGCAAAAAAGAAACCAGUUAAGAAAGAUCCUUCUUAUCCAGCAAGGAAAGGUGGGCCGGCAAAAAAACGCCCUCCAGCCAAUCGAAAUUCAACUGGUGCUGUAGCUGCUAAAAAGGAAAAACCAGCUGGAAAGCAAAAACCUCUGACAGCAUAUAUGCUCUGGUGCAGUGAAAACAGGAAAAAAGUUGCUGCUGGUCAUAUAGGAUUUGGAAAUAUAGGAAAAAAAUUGGGAGAAGCAUGGCAAGCCUUGCCUGAUAAAGAAAAGAUGGCUUGGAGAAGAAAGGCCAAGAAACUGGCCUUGAAAAAUUCUGGAGGCCUUAUCAGCACUGGACCAGCUAAUGAUUCCUCUACCAAGGUUAUCAGUCGCUCCACAAUGAGCAUUGGUAGUGAGAGUCCUUUGCACAAUUCAGGUGAAUCUACUCGAGCACUUGGAACAUCUGCUAUUGAUUCUGCUGCCUAUCUCAAGCUGCUUGGAGAUUCAUUAAGCGUGAUUGGACAAAGACUUACAGAGCAUGAGGGUCAACUGGCUGUGUCAGGAAUAUUCUCCGUGCUUUUGGAUACAAUUCUUUGUGUUGUGGGCCCUCUUCUGUGUCUGACUUCCGAAUCUCCUGUUCUCAACAGCCUCCCUCAAGAUGUAUCACGGAGAACUUUGGACAGUAUUGCAUAUUUUAUGCCUGGAUUGUAAAUAGUAAAAAACACGGGCAUUCAUCUUCACAUCUGUGCAUAAUGACAUAUGUAACUUUUACUGUGUAAUAAAUUUUCUUUUCAUUGCA